CAGAGUGGCCAUGAAGUCUUCCCUGUCGUAGUCAUUCUAGUGGUACUUCGCUGGCGGGUCCGCGGCGUGGCUUGGAACUUUCUGACGCGGGAGCCUUCGGCGUCCGUGGGCGGAAGUCGCGGCGUGGCGCGCGGUGCGCAGAGCUGCCUGCGGUGCGGUGUGAGCCGGGCGCCGGGCGGACGCCGGGCUGCCGAGCGCUGGAAUUUCCAGUGUCUCAGAGCUCCUAGGAUCACUGAAAUCAUUCAGGCCUCAGGAUUUCCUGCUGUGUCACAGCUAGCCUUUCUUCAGUAACCCUGUGAACUCCUGAGGAAUUUGGAUUUACUGCAAAGAAACAUCAAGAAUAAGAGAUCAGCGGGGACAUGGCUGCAGAUACGAAUUUCCAGCAGAAGACCCAACCAUUGACUGCAAAGGAGCAGCAUGGGUCAUGUGAGAGGUGGAUGUCCUUUGAGGAUGUGACUGUGAACUUCAGCCAGGAGGAGUGGCAGCAACUUGACUCUGCCCAGCGAUACCUGUACCAGGAGGUGAUGCUGGAAAUCUACAGCCACCUCUUGUCAGUGGGGUAUCCCGUUCCCAGCCCUGGAGUCAUCUUUAGGAUGGAAAAAGGAAAGGCAGCACAGACAGAAAAGGCUGAGUUCCCAGGCCAGAGGUGUCAAGAAAAAUCAGGAAUUGAUACCUCACCACAGAAAAUGUCUGCGAAAGCUUCAGUUCAUAGUAAUAUGGCAAGUGAAGUCACAAGAGAUGAUUCUUUGUGUCCCUUUCUACAAGAACUAUGGCAGGAUACUGACAUUACAAAGAAAGAUCAGCAAAACCAGAUUCUACCCUUCCAUCCUGGUACUUUCCACAAGAAAACUCUGAGCACAAAUAGUGGUCAUGAAUAUCAAAAGCCUGGAGAAAACAUUCCCUUGAGACCCUACUUCAUUUCUACACAAGAGGGUCUUCCACGAUAUUGCUCACUUCCAAAAAGUUUGGAGCUAAAUCUAGGAGCAAAUGGUCAGAAGGAAAGCAGAGUCACAGAGCAGCUUAUUAACAUUGUUGCAUCCAGUCAGCUCCUGAUACAAGGCUCUUGUAAUGCCAGCAGUGUGGCUUCUCAUAGAGAAGAGUCAUGCAGAAGCACUGGGAACAGAGAAGUUCUCAGUGAUAAACAACCACUGAUGCAUGGAACCCAGUCUCAGGAGACAGCAGAUCAAAGUUCUAAGUGUGGGGAGAUCCUCUAUGCUGUUUCUUUGCAUAAACCUGACAUCACUCUCACUGUGAACCGACCAGUUGUUUCCUACAAUGGUGGUAAGGCCUUCCUUUAUGUGUCCAAUUCAUUGAGUUACCCAUUCCAACUAAAGGUGGAUCAUCUAGUUCACACUGGAGGGGAAUCUUACAAGUGCAGCAGCUGUGAGAAAUCCUUUUGUACUGAGGCUGCACUCCAAGAACAUGAGCAAACUCACAUAGAAGAGAAACCGUAUGUGUGUAGUCUAUGUGGGAAAGCCUUCAGCGAUAGGCCAGCUUUUUAUGAACAUGAAUUGAUUCACAAGAAUCACACACCUUUUAUCUGUGACAAAUGUGGGAAGGCCUUCUUACGUAAGUCAGAGUUGACAUCCCAUAAACAAAGUCACAAUGGAGAGAAGCCUUACAAAUGCAAUGACUGUGGGAAAUCGUUUAAGUUUCCAUCCCAGCUGAAGGUGCAUCGUCAGAUCCACACAGGUGAGAAGCCUUACGAAUGCCAUGAAUGUGGAAAGUCAUUCAGUAAAACAGCCAAACUCAAGGUGCAUCAACGAAUUCACACAGGAGAGAAACCUUAUGUGUGUUCUCAGUGUGGAAAAGCCUUCAAUCAGAAGUCCAUACUAGACCGGCAUGAGAAACUUCACCCUGGGGAGAAGCCUUACAAGUGCAGUGACUGUGGGAAGUCAUUUAAUUACCCAUCCCAGCUGAAGGUGCAUUGCCAUAGUCACACAGGGGAGAAGCCGUACAAGUGCCACGAGUGUGGAAAAUCCUUUAAUUUUCCAUGUGAACUGAAGGUGCAUUAUCAGAAUCACACAGGAGAGAAGCCUUACAAGUGCCGUGAAUGUUGGAAACUGUUCAGUAAGAUGUCCCAGCUGAAGGCACAUUAUCGAGUUCACACAGGAGAGAGACCUUACAAAUGCAGCCACUGUGGAAAGGCCUUCUCUACUAAGGAGCAAGUCCAAGAGCACGAGCGAAUCCACACAGGAGAGAGACCCUUCGUGUGCAGUGAGUGUGGAAAAGCCUUCAGCAGCAGGUCGUCUUUUCGUAAACAUCAGCUAAUUCACACUAAAGAGAAACCUUUUGUCUCUCAGAAAUGUGAGACAGGUGUCCAGGAGUCUACUUUGACACCCCAUCAACAGCUCCAUAUUGGGGAGAAGCCUUACAAAUGCCCUGACUGUGGGAAGUUGUUUAAUUACCCAUCCCAGCUGAAGUCGCAUUAUCAGACCCACACAGGGCAGAAGCCUUGUAAGUGUCCUGACUGUGGGAAAUCAUUCAGUAAAACGUCUCAACUAAAGGCACAUUCUCGAAUACACACAGGGGAGAGGCCUUAUGUGUGUUCUGUGUGUGGGAAGGCCUUCAAACAGUUGUCAACAUUGAGCAGACAUGAAAAAAUUCACCUGGUGGAGAAGCCUUACAAAUGCAAUUUCUGUGGGAAGUCGUUUUGCUCUCCAUCUGAACUGAAGGUGCAUCUUCUGAUUCACACAGGGGAGAGACCUUACAAAUGCAACAACUGUUGGAAAGCCUUUUGUACUAAAGUCCAACUCCAAGAGCAUGAGCGAAUUCACACAGGAGAGAGACCUUAUGUGUGCACUCAUUGUGGGAAAGCCUUUAGAAGCAGGUCAGUUUUCUCUAAGCAUAAGUUGAUUCACAGGAAGGAAACACCUUUUGUCUGUGAGAUGUGGAAAAGUAUUCUUGCAGAAGUCAGAGUUGACAUCUCAUCUACAAACUCACAUUGAAGACAAACCUUAGGGAUGUCAAGACUGGAAAAUGGUUUAGUCAGAUACACUACUGGAGGUGUGCCAUCGGGUUCACAUGGUGGAGAAGCCUUCCAAAUGCAGCAGCUGUGGGGAAGUCUUGGCGUCUCACGCCCAACUCUGACAGCGUGAACAAAUGAAUUCACCCGGGAAAGAGACCCACUUUGUGCUCUUGAGUGUGGAAGUCUUCAGUAGCAGGAUAAUUUCAUAGACAUCACAUGUCUCACUAGGGUGAGACCUUUGUCUCUCACAAUGUGGUCAGAUUUGCCAUCUUGAGGAGGAACUCAUUGAAGAGGAUGUCAUGAGUUGGAAAUCAUUCAUUUCUGGAUCACAGAUCAGUCCCAUCAUCAGUCUGUGGGUGGGGAUGCCCUAUGUGUUCUGAAUGAAGGAAGGUCCUUAACAGGUCAGAAUUCACAUAUAUACUACAUGGCUCAUACCACAAUGAGAUUUUUACAUAAUGCAGUUUUACAUAACAGUUUACUGAGAAAUGAGUUCUUCACUUUAUCAGCAUAUUCCAAAAUGAAAUGUAUUUCUGUAUUUACUUGAAGUUUAUUUUAUGCUGAGAUAAAAUUGCAUAUCAGCUGAUUAACUUUACAGAAAACAAAUAUAAUUAUUUGUUGAUUGUUUAGACAUAGUAAACAUGCAUGAGGAAAGUUACUCACAAAUUAACUACUACUACUAAGCACACAUAUUUGUCUUGUUAAACAUGAAUUUCAUUUCAGGAUGACCUGGACUAAUUUCAGAAGUGUUUUUGUAGAUUGUGAUAUAAGGUACAUUUGUUGUGAGAGUCCAGUAAAGCCCUUAAGUGCCAGCCAUGGGAAUAGUAGGGUGGUUCUGUAAAUGGGCAUAUGUAUGUAUGUAUGAACUGUAUAUGUAUAUGUAUGUAUGUAAGUAUAUGUACACAUGUGCCUGUAUUUAGUGCCUGUAUGGGCUUAUAUGUAUUCCUGCAAUUUCAUGGAGUUUUCUAUAGAAUUAACUUCAAAAUACAAAAGAGUAGCUUAUUAUUAAAAACACAUUCAUUUAUUUUGUAUAUAUGUAUGUACACUCGCUGCUAGGUGUAUGUGGCUGUGAAUCAGUGAGAGUCAGUGAUCUUGCACCUUAUGGAUUCUGGGGGUUGAACUUGGAUUGUCAGGCUUGGUGACAGUCAUCUUUACCCACUGAGCCAUCUUGCUUGGCCUGUGGCUUUUAUUUUUAUUUGUUUAACAGUUUCUGUCUUGAGCUUGCACCAUCAAUAAUUAAUUCUUUGUUAUUAUUAUGUGGAUGUACCUUGAAUAAAUGAGAUCUGGGACA